AUGCGAUUGGAGAUCCAGGCAAGCGAUUAUGAUGUGCAGAGAUACUUAGAUGGCCAUAUGUCGGAGCUGUCUACGUGUGUUCUUCGCAAUUCUGAGCUGCAGCGUGAAAUAAAGGCCGUAAUUGUAAAAGCAGUUAAUGGGAUGUUCUUGCUUGCACAGCUCCACUUUGAUUCACUAAAGGGCAAAAAGUCACCAAAGGCUAUCCGUACUGCUUUGAAGGAGCUCUCAACUGGAAAUGAUGCAUACGAUGACGCAUACAACGACGCUAUGGAGAGAAUUGAAGGCCAGCUCGCAGGCGAAAAAGAGCUUGCAAAGCAGGUCCUCUCAUGGAUCACCUGUGCAAAGAGGCCGCUGACGACGUCUGAACUUGAGCACGCACUUGCUGUAGAGCUUGGGGAGUUACAGUUUGACGAGGAGAAUUUGUCUCCAAUAGAGGACAUGGUUUCAGUGUGUGCUGGACUAGUUACAGUCGAUGAAGAAAGCGCUAUCAUCCGGUUAGUUCACUAUACGACACAAGAAUACUUCGAACGUACACAGAAACGUUGGUUCCCACAAGCAGAAACUGAUAUAGCGACAAUCUGCGUUACAUACCUCUCAUUUAACGUCUUCGAGACUGGCAUCUGCCAAAACGACGAGGAGUUCGAAGAACGGCUGCAGUCGAAUCCACUUUACGACUAUGCGUCACAUAAUUGGGGACGUCAUGCUCGUAACGCUUCUACACUAAUCCAAGAAGUCAUUAUCUUUCUUGAGAAAAAGGCUCAAGUAGAAGCAUCGAGCCAAACACUUCUUGUCCUGAAGUUAUACUCCACACGCUCAGGGUACAGUCAAAGAUAUCCCAGGCAAAUGACAGGGCUACACCUUGCCGCAUACUUCGGUCUUAAGGGUGCUGUUAACUGUUGCCUUCAGACAGGCCAAUCAGCUCAUCUAAUGGACGGAUCCGGCCGUACGCCGCUAUCCUGGGCGGCGAGGAAUGGGCACGAGGCUGUCGCCCAGCUGCUGCUGGACAAGGGCGCCGAGGUGGAUGCAACGGAUAGGCAUGGCCGGACGCCGCUGUACCAGGCGGCACAGAGCGGGCACGAGGCCGUCGUCAAGCUGUUGCUGGACAAGGGCGCUGAGGUGGAUCCAACGGAUAGGCAUGGCCGGACGCCGCUGUUUUGGGCGGCACAGAAGGGGCACGAGGCCGCCGCCAAGCUGCUGCUGGACAAGGGCGCUAAGGUGGAUGCAAAGGAUGGAUCUGGCCAGAUGCCGCUGUUCUGGGCGGCAGAGAAGGGGGGCAUGAGACUGUCGCCAAGCUGCUGCUAG